ACUGCAAAAUGCAUAUAUCAUAAAAAUUUACACACAUAAUAUAUAAUUAAUGUUGUGUUUGUUGUAUUUUAAUAUUUACAGAAAUGGUUUAUGUGAAAAAUGAUAAGAAUAUAUCCUUAUCCUUUCAGCAAAUAUGUUAAAUCACUGCCAGAUCCUCCGCCAGGCAAAUCAAGAGAGAUAAAGAAUUUUGAAUGCAAAAAAUAUAAAAAUGACUAUAGUUGGUUGCUCAAAGCGAGAAGCAAUUUGAAAAAAUGUUUUCACUUAUGUGAUAUAUGCUCAAAAAAAUUUAAUUAUAUGAGAUCUCUAGUGAAAAAUUCAAAUGUCGAGUAUGAAUACAAUUUAAGUGACAACACUGCAAGAAGCAACCCUAAGGGUGGAAAAGAAGAAGUUGGCGGACAUAUGUCUGUUACCCAUUUGUGUGGAAGCCAUAAAAGUUUUAAGCAUAAGAACGAACUAUGUGAUGUAAAAAACAACAUACUUAAGAUAAAUAGUAAUGCAUCGAAAAACUGUGUGGAUAGUAAUCAAAGUAUUACCAGCUUAAAAUCAGCAAAUGAUAAUAGUAUUAUAUUUAGCAAUUCUUUAAAUCAUAACGAAACUGCUUGUUUGUCAUUUAAUGAUGACGUGUUUAUAUUCUUAGACGAUUAUCCAGGAAAACAUUCAAAUCGUUAUAAAAAAGAUGAGGAAAAAUGUGAUACACAUUUGCAAAAUAUGAGCUCCUUAAAGGGUGAUGAUCUCAUGUGCCCCCAAUUUCAACUUGAUGAUACGAUAAUACAUAUAAAAAGACACUUUAAAAAUAACGUAUCCUAUUUUGCUUGUAAGCAUGUUGAGAUGAAUGACUUGUACAAUUUAGAUGACGAAAACGCCAAAUAUGAUAGCAUAAAUAUUUAUAUGUGCGACAACAGUAUGGAAAGUCUCUCUAAGAAUGAUUAUGCACUAAAUUCAAGUGAGGAAAAGGAACCAUUUAACUUAACACAACCAAUUAUCACCACUGCAUUUAAUGAAAAGGAUGAAAAAAAGGAACAACGUCAAGAAUUAGAUGACUUGAAAAACGCAAGUAACGACAGCCAUAGAUAUGAACCUUUAAAGAGACAUGAUUUAAAUGAAGGUAUUAAGCGCAUUGAUCUGAACCUUGAACAAAAUGGAAAUUGUGAAUCGUUUAAUGCUUCCCAUUUUUGCAUGAACGAAGAGUUUGCUGCUUUAUAUGCCUCAGGACAAGCUGAUAAAAACUGUAAAAGCCGCAUCAAAAACGAGAGGAUGGGCAAAAUCGAUAAUAAUGGUAUAAAGAAGCAAGACAAAAUGGAAAACCUAAACAAAAAUAGUGAGCAGUAUGCGCAUAAAAUCGAUGAUAACUGUAAAAAUGACAAUAUGAUUCAAAAGCACGCGUUUAAAAGAAUGGACAUGCACACAAAUUUGUUAAACAAGGAAAAAAAAACAAGAACGUUAAUAGAUGAAUUGCGGGAAAAACUGAUGAAGAGGAAAAAUUUAUAUCUUGAAAGUCAUAGUGAGCAAAAUAAAAAUAGAUCAGCAGAUACGACACAAGAAGAGAAGAAAAAAAUAAUCGCUGAAACAUGUGUCCAACAUUUGGCGGCGAAUAACGGUAGAAAGGGUUCUAAAGAAACGCACGGAAGUAGCGUACCCCCCGUGGCAGGCAAUUUGAAUGCAUUACGUAUUUAUAAAAGGCAUAACGUAAGUGAAAAAAAGACAAUUAACAAUGUUAAUAUUGAUGAAUUUAAAAGCAGACUUACAAACGGUGGAAAGUUAACUCUAAAUAUUGAGGGGGGUAGUUCGAAGGGAUUAAAAGCAAUAUACAGUGAAGCAAAAAAUGUGAAAGGAAAAUCGACCUAUUAUGAUGACAAAGAAUAUGAAAAACAUGUUUAUAAUAGAGAUGUUGGUCAUCUGAAGCAGGACGUAAAUAGUAUUAAGGGAAGAAAUAAAAGUGGCUGCAAAAUGAGCAGUUUUGUAAAAUCGCACGAAGGAUUCAAAGACAAUGUGGGAAAAAAUAAUUACGAUAUAGAAGUAAAAUCUUUCACCAUUGAUGACAAGGAAAAAAGCAGCAAUUUAAAAUUGUUAGAACAAAUAAAAAGCUACAAGCUCGUGGAAGAAAACAAAGGGGGAGGAAUUAGCUUCAAAGGGGACUACCCUCCUUUUGACAAAGAACGAACAGAAGACAUAUGCGAAAAAAAUAAAUCGAGAAAUGUUCCAGAGGAUGAAAAAUUACAUAUAAGCAGAACAGACAAAAGUGAAAAACGUUAUAUAUCGCAAAUAAUUGCAGGGAGAGAAGAAAAAACGUAUUUCACCGAUAGUAACUCUAAGAAGGAGUACGUUAGCAGUGGUAACGUAAACUCAUUUAAUUCGAAAGAUAUCCGUAGGAAAAGCAAAAAUGAAACUGGCAUGAAGGAGGAAAAUGUAGUUAAGAGGCCCUUGAAAGGAGAUGAAAAGGGAAAUAUGAUUUAUGGGAAAAGAAUCAGUGAUAAGCACAGCAGUGAUGAAAGAAGCGAUCAUGAAAGUAGCACCAUUUUAAGACGCGAUAUAUCCAACUCUUUAACGCAAAAUUGCAACCGAAGUGGAGGUAAUUUACCCACUUCUAAGGAACAGGAAAAUGGUUCAUCAAACAUGUGGAACAAGGAUAUGUUCAUAUCUACCAAGAGCAACACUAAAUUGGGGAACAUGGUAAAUAGUAAUAAAGAUGACUUAAUGAGACAAACUAAAAUGAAAGGAUAUUACCUGAAAGACAAAAUAGAUGUGAAUCAAAGUAAGGGUGCAGGCACAGCACAACAGGGCGAGUCACAAGACGAAGCACAGACCACACAUGACAGACCCAAAGAGGCGGACAAAUUAAAACAUUGCAGGAAGAAAAACGGUGAGGAAUGUUCACCUAAUGGCAUUUCUAUUCUAGGAGGAGAGAUAAACAAAAACAAAUUCGAAGAAAGAUUAACUACAGAACUGAAAAAAAAAUUAAGUAACAUUUUAAGCUCAUGUACGAAUCCUAACAAAAUAAAUAUUCACAACAAAAUAUAUGCAUCCGAGAUGGAAAAAAUCAAUUUGGAUAACAACAAAAUGGCAUAUAUUAACAAUAAUUAUUUUUUUAAUGUUGACAAGGGUAAGCAUUUUCAGAAUUGCGAAGAAGUAGGAAAAAAUUCUUCAAUGAAAUAUAAUUUUAAAAAGCUGAACUUACAAUUCUGCAAAAGUAAAAACGAUUUUUAUAGCUUUAACUAUAUGAGCAAUGUCUUAUCAUCAAGCAGCUGUAGUGUGUCCAAAGAAUACAUCUUUAGGGAGAGCUACGAAUCUAACAUUUUAGAUGAAAAAAUUAAUAAACUAAAUGAGUUACGAAAAAAGUACUUAUUAAAGAAAUAUUUAAAUGCAGUUUUGAACAGAAGUAAAAAUAAUUUUGUGGAUGGUAGAACAAGAAAAAAAGUGUGCAACAUGGAUGUUCCCAACUUGGCUUGCAAUGCGGCAAAAUAUAAAAUUGGUGAAAAGACUGACCCGAAGAAAGAACCACUUGGGGGACACCUACAUUUUAAACAGAGACCUAAUGAAAAAUUAAAAAUUUGUAAGAGGGAUACUAAACUAUGUCAAGCACCUCAAUCGCCAAAAAAACAGGAUAAAAUACCGAAACCGUUAGCUAGUCAAUUGGAAAUUAAUUCAGUGUCGCGCUUGGAAAAAACGCCAUCGUAUCCAUUUGAGGAGUUUAAUUUGUAA